AUGGCUCUGCCAGGUUCUGCUUCCUGGGUUCUUAAGAAGAUUUGGGGGUGUAGAGAUUUGCUGGAUAGGGAUCCUAUGUGCAAGCAACUGUUUUUUGCUACUGGUGGUUACUCUAUCAAGAAGAUGUACCUAUGUUUGUUGGGUCAGUUUCCUAAAGUUCAGUGGAGGAGAGUGGUUUGUAAUAACUUUGCUAGUCCUAAAAGUCUUUUCAUUUUGUGGCUUGCUGUUCAUGGAAGGCUUUCUACCAAAGACAGACUCAUGCAGUGGGGCAUAGCUACUGAUGGUGUUUGCAGUUUAUGUGGUGUUGAUCCAGAAUCAGUGCAGCACUUGAGCAGCCAAGCUUUUGACCAGGAGCUCCAAUUUGCUAUGAGAAUGAGUAAAAAAUGUACUGCUGUGAGCAAACUUCUCCUUGCUGGUUUUACUGAAGCAGUUUAUUGCCUGUGGAUUCAAAGGAAUCAAAGAGUCUUUGCUGGUCAUGUACAAUCAGCUGAGCAAAUUGUUAAAGAAAUUGUGUUUAAGGUUGCUUGCAGAUGUAGAGAUUCAGACAUUGCUUUGUUGCUGUAUUAG